AGCUCGCAUGCUCGCUCUAGCCUCGUUUGGACUGGCGGGCUCACCGCAGCGCCCUGCGGUGCCGCACGGCGUGGCGCGGGCUCGCCUGCCCGUCGCCGCCGUCGCCGAGGAGACGGUCGCAGAGGACACCUGGGCCGGCGCCGAGACGUGGUCCAAGGCAUUUGCCGAGCCGGAGGCCAUCUUCGAGAUCAACCGCAUCAAGGAGAUCCUGCCGCACCGUUACCCCUUCCUGCUGGUGGACAAGGUGAUCGAGUUUGAGGCCGGCAAGCGCUGCGUCGGCGUCAAGAAGGUCACGUCCAACGAGGAGUUCUUCAACGGCCACUUCCCGCAGCGGCCAAUCAUGCCGGGCGUGCUGCAGGUCGAGGCAAUGGCGCAGGUGGGCGGCCUGGUGGCGCUGCAGGAGCCGAUCACCGACGGUAAAGGCGAUUUCUUCUUUGCGGGCGUCAACAACGUCAAGUGGCGCCGGCCGGUCGUGCCGGGCGACACGCUCGUGAUGGAGAUGGAGCUCACGGCGUUCAAGGCCAAGUUCGGCCUGGUCAAAAUGAAGGGUGUCGCCUACGUGGACGGACAGAAGGUCGUCGAGGGCGACUUCCAGUUCGCGAUGGUCAAGUAGUUGCCUCGUUCCCAAGUACUACCUUGAGUGAUCAUUCAACCAACAUUAAAUCGAC